AUGGCUGGGGACGAGGUGAAGAGAAAGAAGACCACUCAUCGCAAACAUGGUGAACACAGAUCCUCCAAGACACGCACCAAACCUAACAAUGACGACCUUACAACGAAUCCAGCUCUUGCGAACGGCCGUUCUCCCAAUAUAAAUGCCUUGCGCAGAGCUAGACUUGCCCACAUCGACAAUACCCCUGAGGAAAUCCCAGAAGAUAUGAAAUAUGUAUAUGAGAAACGCACAAAGACGGUGGCGCAUGUCAGCGCAGACAAAGGAAGCCGUCGCAAGUCCACUAGAGAUCACACGCCGGAGCGAAAGGAAUCCCGAACAUCCCACAAAACUACUCAUCGCACAGAGGAACAACGCCGAGUGGAGUAUGAGGAUGAUAGCGAAGACGAGUAUGAGUAUGUCUAUUCAACCCCGGGCGCAGAAAGGUCUCACGUCGAUGCGCAACCAAAGUCCUCCACCUCUAGACGGCGGCGGCCAUCAACAAGCCAUUCGAUCACCAGGAAGAAGGUGGAAACACAGCGCGGUUCCGAGCGCAGUCAUACGGAACCACCACGUGGGAAGACGAGACGUAGACAAGAUGAUGAAGAGAUUCGUGACAAUAUAGCCACCAGCAAGCACGAGAGGCCAGCAGUCAAGAGAAGUGCGACCGCACCAGCGCAACCGAAGACUGAGCCUGCCAGCAGCAAACCACCAGAAGGUGCUGAUUCUCAUAGUCGAAAACCCUCUGGUAUGUUUGGCGGAUUUCUGCUUCCAAUACAGCCCGUACCACAGAAAAAGGUUGCAUGUUUGACUUGUGGGGCUGAUGAUGUGCUCAUUUCACAUUCUGCGAAACUGCCAUGUACUCAUCGAAUGUGUCACUCGUGCUUGAAGCGGAUUUUCACAAUGUCGGUCAAGGAUCCAGCCCACAUGCCUCCGAGGUGUUGUACCGAGGAACAUAUUGAUCUGAAGCACGUUGACAAGCUUUUCGACGCCAAGUUCAAAGUGUUAUGGAAUCGCAAAUUCGAUGAGUAUCACACGAAGAAUCGCAUCUACUGCCCCGCCCGGAAAUGCGGCGCGUGGAUCAAGCCGAAAUACAUCACAUCAGAGAAAGGUCGCAAAGUCGGUCGCUGCAAGUACUGUAAAACUUUAGUGUGCGCGAUCUGCUCGCAGAAAAUGCACACCACACGCGACUGCCCGAAAGACCCGGAGACCAAAGCGUUCGUGGAAGUGGCGAAGGAGGCUGGCUGGCAACGCUGCUACAGCUGUUCCGCCAUGGUCGAGCUGAAAGAGGGCUGCAACCAUAUGACGUGCCGCUGCACCGCAGAGUUCUGCAUGGUAUGCGGGCUCAAGUGGAAGUCAUGCGACUGCCCAUGGUUCAACUACGAAGCCGUGGACGCGCACCUAGGCGAUCCAGCACACGCACAGGUAGAACGGGACCGGCGUCGAGACCAGGAAACCCGCGACGAGGAAAUCGCUCGACGCAUGCAGCACAUGGUCAUGUUCGAUGCCGGCACGGGCCACAACGGAAUCUUUGCGUUUGGGGUUAAUGCUGCCACCGGCAAUCCGAAUUUAAUCCAGCAAGCCCGAGAGGCAUUGACGGCCAACUACGCGCAAGCAGGCCAAGCAGCGCGCGACCUUCUCAACAACUAUGUCAUCGGCAGAGACAAUCGUCCUCCACCUUAUCCUGGAGACAUCGCAGCGGUCUUGCAGGCUAUUAGGGGCCAGCCGCAAGCACAACAGCCACCACGACCUGCCGAUGCCGCUGCCCAUCCAAACGACAGUAGCGAAGAUGCGGUGUUGCCGUUGCCCUCGAGACGCGGAACCGCGACUCGUCGCAGAAACGCCAGAGAAGCUGACCAACAGAGGCGCCUACAGGACUGGGCGAAUAGCGUUGCUGUCUAG